UCUACUGACCAGUAGGGCUUUACAUUUCAACACAAUUCUCAUGCAUUGAUCAUUUACUGCGUUCUUCACUGCAAAACAUUUCAAAGAGGACCCUUUUACAAAAUCUGCAGGAGAUGGACUGACCACAGAUGGGAUUUAUGUCAUGUGGCGAUGCAUUUCCAUGAUAAUUCUAAUAAGAGUACAUGUGGAUGCCGUGCUUCAGAUAAUACUACGUACUGUCACUAAUGGAUAUAGGUGCUCAUCGGUUUGGCAGUUGAGCAGCAGCGACAUCAUUUUCUACUAACCUGGUGUGUGCUUGGAAGACAUUCAGUACUUUUAAGAAGAGAUAAAUGGUAUCCUUAGCGCCGUGUGGGGACAUGGAACCAGAAGUUGAAGAAGCAGAGGAGACAACGUUGAAGUCUGAGAUGUUUGUAAAGACAGUUUGUGAUGAACAGGAGGUGAAAGGUGAAGAACCUAUUUGGGAGCCAUGGCAGGUGUUUGAAGAACCAAUCAAGGAGCUGCAGAGAAAGAAUAUCACAGAAAUAGAGGAUGGGGAGAAAGCAGCAGAAGACAACAAGAAUGAAGAAGGAAGUGAGAUGAAAAAUGAAAUGGAUAAUGAAGUGGCAGAAGAGAUGAAGUAUGCUGAAAACUUAAGCAACAUACCAACAGAUGCUAAUGACUCAAGCGGUGACCCAACCAAUGAGCCUAUCUGCUCAAAUUCUCACACCAGCCCACCUGAGACCAGUGAAUCAGACAUAGAACACAUCAGAAAACUGAUAAAGACUCCCAGCUUUGGGAAAACAGUUCGUUUUAUGGAAAUUGAAGUAGUGGAAGAAAGGGAUGGCUCAGUGGACUCUCUUUUUCCAGACUUUGAGACAGUAGAAUGGACCACCACCAGCUUUGAGGAGCUGUUUCUGGCAGAUGACUGGAAGGACAUUACAGAUAACCGUCUGCUAAGGAAGAAGGUGUUACAGGCCAGCCCAGAGAAUGUCCUGUCCCCGGCUUGGGGUCAAGAGGUCACACUGAAAAUGCAGGGUGUGCUGGAGGAUAGGACUGUGGUGGAGAAAGACUGCAAGCUGGUCUUCAUUAUCGGAGAGGGAGAUGUCAACCAGGCCCUGGAAGAGUGCGCCAUUUCAAUGACGCAAGGGGAGAUCGCUUUACUUCUUGCAGAUUCACAAUACACCUAUGGACACCUGGGAAGGGAGCCUGAUAUACCAGCCUGGGCUCCUCUCCUGUAUCAGCUGCAACUCCUUGACUUCAGAGAAAAGCCGGACCCCCUUUCACUGCCCAUCCCUGAACGGAUCCGCAUCGGCAACCAGAAACGAGAGCGAGGCAACUUCUACUUCCAAAGGGAAGAGUACAGCAUGGCAGCCCAGGCUUACCUCAUGGCUUUAGACAUGCUUACGACACGCACAUAUGACAGUCAAAGCUGUGCGGCAGAGGAGGAAGAAGAGGAGGUGAACGACUACCGGGUAAAGUGUCUGAAUAACUUGGCAGCAGCGCAGCUGAAGCUUGGACAGUUUGACGCGGCGCUGCACACCAGUCGAGAUGUGCUGUUUCUGGAUCCCCAGAAUGUCAAAGCAUUAUUCAGGAAAGGGAAGCUUUUAUCAGACAGGGGUGAGUAUGAGGAGGCCAUGGAGACCCUGAAAAAGGCUUUGAAACUGGAGCCGUCCACUAAGGCUAUUCAUGCUGAACUGUCCAAGUUGGUAAAAAGACAGGCGGGGGAAAGUGAGACGCAGAGCUGGCAAGCUAAACCAGCUCAAAUGUUCGGCGAAAACAUAGCGCCCUCUCUGACACCUCCUCCCAAAAAGAAGCCGUUUGGAAUUUCUUGGAAGUUUCUGCUUGGAGCUCUGGUGGUGGCCUUGGGCAGUUUAGUCACAUCUGUGGUCCUGACCGCACGGAACUAGCUCUCUCGACCUACUUGCAAAUUAACUUCAAGUCGCACAAACAUUCCACAGAGCUGCUCAGGGACGGAGGAAAAAUGCAUUGAACUGUAGAGCAGCUGUAUGGGCGGCUCUACCGGUGGCACACCGACUUAUGCAAAACAGAAUGUAGGCACAGACACAAGGGCAAGGCAAAUGCAUUUAAAAUACUUGCAAUAAAAACACGAGUAUCAUUAUGUUUGGCGUUUUGUUUUGCUUCCUUCUACAUUCAGGGGAACAUCUUCCAUUAAAUCACUAUGUUAGAAAUGUCAGGCAUGAUAAAUACAAAACGUGUGCAGAAAUGAAAAAGCAACAAGAAAUCAAUAUUAGGCUACAUUUGCAACCGAAAUGCUGCAGAAAACUACAUUCAAAUUGUAGAUGAGCAAUACGGCUAUACAACAAAUUAAUGAACUGUUCCUUAGCUAUAUUUCAUCUGUUUGUUGACAAAAGGACUAACAGAAUAAUAAUAAAAAAUAAUAAUAAAUAUAUAAAGCAGCAUACAAUAUAAUAUAAUACUAUUAGAACUGUUUCAUGAUACAUUUCAAUAUAUUAUAAUAAAUAAAAUAUACAUAAUUACCACAAUUAACAUAAACAUUUUCUCUGAAGUUUUUUUAUUGGGUUCUUAAUUAAAGAAAUAAAGACAUUGUGGUUAGAUAAACAUGCAGCUUUGUCAUAAUUACAGCUGAAAUACCAGUGGAAAUAUAUUACCUCAAAUGGGGAGUUGUUUGAAUAUUGUGUUGGACUAUGGGUAAAAAAUGCUGAAAACCAAUAGAUUAGCUAUAUGA